CACAAUCAUCUUUACCCCAUCUUAAUUUUCUUAAUGUGUAUCAUCACAUCUCCAACAUGAUGAACUGCAGCAAUACUGAGUCCUGGCUUUCUAUCAACACCUCAUUUUCCACGCUGCCUCUAACAGCCAGACAAUCAAACAGGAGUGACAUGGGAGCUUAUCUUGAAAGACUGGCUCACUUAGACGAAGGACUCUACAACGACUUUUACGGCCUCUGGAUUGCACUGAUGGUUAUAAACUCUGUCAUAUUCCUGGUGGGUAUGGUGCUCAACUCAGUUGCAAUUUACGUCUUUUGCUACCGAACGAAGCAAAAGACCUCCUCUGUGAUCUACACCAUCAACCUGGCCGUAACCGACCUCUUGGUGAAUCUCUCUCUGCCAACUCGCAUCUCACUCUACUACAGUGGAGGAGCUUGUCUCACCUGCUCCUAUUUGCACAUCUUCAGUUACUUUGUGAACAUGUACUGCAGUAUCUUGUUUUUAACCUGCAUAUGUGUUGACCGUUACCUUGCCAUUGUGCAGGUUGAAGCUUCCCGUCGUUGGAGGAACUCCAGCGUGGCCAAGCUGGUGUGCAUUACGGUUUGGCUGUUUGCCAUCGUGGUUACAUACUCCUUCCUCUCCACUGCUUUCCAGCAAACAGAGUGCUGCAUCUCAAAGCUCCUCUUCCUCACAAUCACUGAGUUCUUCUUGCCCCUCAUUGUCAUUGUUGUCUUCACACUGCGCAUUAUGUGGGCUUUAACUGACCGCCAUCUGAUGCAACAGAGCAGAAAAAGAAGGAGAAGAGCUGUCCAGCUGCUGAUAACUGUGUUGAUCAUCUUCACCAUCUGCUUCACUCCCUUUCACAUCAGACAGGUUUUGUUGUACUUCUACCCUGACAUGCCCCAUCAAGUGAUCGUGUACCAUUUAACCGUCACUCUAAGCAGCUUGAACAGCUGUAUGGAUCCUGUUGUGUACUGCUUUAUUACAAAUAAUUUUAAGGCCACAAUGAAACAUAUUUUGCGUCGUGCUGAGCCAGACCAGACCAGUGGUGACAUUGUCAGUAUGCAGCACAGCUCCAAGGCCUCUGGAGGGAUAGUUAAUGCCAUCACCAAUAGCAGGAUCAUGAUGACCAGGAUUCCCAGUGUACAGCAGGGGCGAAUUUUGGAGAGUAAUAUCAUACCAUAA